CCGGACCUGUAUGGCACUGUAUUAGGGAAAAAAAAAGCCGAAAGCGAGCCAAAACAAAAAAAAAUAAAGCAGAACAAAAAAGUUUGCAAAUAUCCAAGGUUUUUAGCUUAGUCAAGAAGCCUCUCCUCCGAGAUUUCUCGCCGAUGAAACUACGAGCUCACUGGAAAGUCUGAUUUUUUUCUUCUCCGUUCCCGUUCUACUUUCUCUGUUGCAUUUGGUAGGUUAAAAUAGGGUAACAAUGUUUGGAAAUGUGAAAGACUAUGGAGAGACGUUUCAAGACAGUAUUUUUCAGACAAGAAACGGAUCACUUUCCUCAACAAAUCAAAUUGGAAACCCUGUUACGUACAAGCUUGUGCGGGUUGCAGGCGACGGGAGUCUAGUUCCUGCAACUGAUGAAGAGAUGUUGGAGGUCAAGAAUUUGCUUGAGAAAAACGAGCAAGAUAUGCCUGUUUUACCAGAUCCUAUACAAACUGAGGAAUACAUUCCCGAUGAAGGUUCACCUUCUCAGUUUCUGCAGCUAGAAAAUUUUGAAGGCUUCUUUCAGUCGGAAACUGCAGGACCGUAUACAGAAAAUUUGAACUCUCGACAUGAGUCUAAAGAGGAAUUGAUGAAUGGAUCUCAGAUGCUUUUUGUUCUUCCGGAUACCAAAUUUCAGAUUUCUACUGAGCUGUCUGGGAAUGUGGAGCUAGUCCCAUCCAAAGUUUUGCUGCAGGAACCAAUUCUUUUUUCAUCAAAUGGAUGCAGUAUUAAUCAAUCUACGGAUGUCUUAAAUGCUACAGCUAGUCCUAAAGAACCUGCAUUGUCAACUGCUGCCUCAAAACCUGAUUUUUCUAGAGUACCAGGCGAGAUAAGCUUGGCUAAUCUUUCAAUUAAAGAAUUACAAGAAACUUUCAGAGCCACGUUUGGUCGUGAAACUACUUCUAAGGACAAACGAUGGCUCAAAAGAAGAAUCAAAAUGGGACUGAUUAAUUCAUGUGUAGUUCCAACAACUACCCUGACAAUUAAUGAUAGCAAACUGAUUGGUGGAGAUCAAGAUGCAAUUGAUGCUUUUAGCAAGGGUACAGUAGAUGAAGAAACAGCUACUGAAAGCAUAGAUACACCAGCUAGUCCUGACGGCAUAAAGGGGCAUUCAAAUGAUUUUGGGCAUAGUCCUGUUGAAACUUUUGUGGACCAUUAUUCUGGAAACGAAGAUUUUGAAGGUGAAGAUGGGUCUGCAAAAAGAGUGAGGAAGCCUACAAGGAGAUAUAUUGAAGAAACCAAUGAAAAACAACAAAUUGACGGGUCAAUGAUCCCUUCAAAAGAUCCAAGCUCUAUUCAAGCCGUUUCUUCAGAAGGGAGAGUUGUUGUCACCAGGAUGGUAUCCCUUGCUGGUUCCAGAAUUCAGGUUCCCUAUGUUUCUCAUGUAAGGAGAAGUCGUCCAAGAGAAAACAUAAUGGCUCUUGGGGAAUUUCGUUCUAAGUCAUGGGAGGUGAAAGCUGCUCCAGAGGAGGGUAACCUGAAUCUAAGCCCACCUCAGUUGAGCAAUGAUGUGAACCGAGUUCCAGGUGUCAAAUCUGCAUCUAGAUGUGUCCAGAAAGAAAGUGACAAAGACCAUUUAAAACCAAUUUUCACUGAUGUGGAUCAAGAGAUGAUGGAGCCAGAGCUCUUAGACUCAUCUGGAGAUAGCUCAGAUGAUAAUUUCGUUGAUGCACCAAUCACGCAAAGUGCAAGUGGAAGGAAGCUUCAUCGAGCUUGGACUAUCUCUGAAGUUGAAAAACUAGUCGAAGGUGUGUCCAAAUAUGGAGUAGGGAAAUGGACUGAGAUCAAAAAGCUUUCAUUUUCACCAUACACGCAUCGUACCACUGUGGAUCUCAAGGACAAAUGGCGAAAUCUACAAAAAGCAAGUUCUUCAAACAGAAUGGAAGGAGGUCUGAAGAAACACGGGUCGAUGGCCAUUCCUACUCACAUUAUGUUGCAGGUAAGAGAGCUUGCUCAAAAACAAUCACCGAUUUCACGUGUAGUGAGCAAGGCUAGAGUGGUGAAGAGAUCGAGAUCAAGAAACGGUUUCUUGUAGCGUUUCUACUCUCGUAUAAAUUUGUAGUUUUCUGUGAGGUUAACUUCUCUGUUUUUACUUUUCGAGUUUGUAGUUUUAAGGUAGGUUCAUGAUUUAAACAGAAUCACUAAAGUCUAAAGGUAAACUGACUGGUGUUUGGAAAUUUCUAGAUGAUAUGAACACUUCUCUCCAUAUUACUGAACCAAA